AGCUUUGAGGGCCCUAUGGUGUUGAACGCUGAGCUGUAGUCAAUGAACAGCAUUCUCACAUAGGUGUUCAUUUUGUCCAGGUGGGAAAGGGCAGUGUGGAGUGCAAUAGAGAUUGCAUCAUCUGUGGAUUUGUUAGGGCGGUAUGAAAAUUGGUCUAGGGUUUCUGGGAUAAUGGUGUUGAUGUGAGCCAUGACCGGCCUUUCAAAGCACUUCAUGUCUACAGACAUGAGUGCUACGGGUCGGUAGUCAUUUAGGCAGGUUGCCUUAGUGUUCUUGGGCACAGGGACUAUGUUGGUCUGCUUAAAACAUGGUAUUACAGACUCAGACAGGGAGAGGUUGAAAAUGUCAGUGAAGACACUUGCCAGUUGGUCAGUGCAUGCUCGCAGUGCACAUCCUGGUAAUCCGCCUGGCCCUGCGACCUUGUGAAUGUUGACCUGUUUAAAGUUCACACAGUCGUCCGGGACCGUUAGUGCUCUCAUGCAUGUUUCAGUGAAAUGCCUCGAAGUGAGUAUAGAAGUAGUUUAGCUCGUCUGGUAGGCUCGUGUCAAUGGGCAACUCUCGGCUGUGCUUCCCUUUGUAGUCUUUAAUGGUUUGCAAGCUCUGCCACAUCUGAAAAGCGUCGGAGCCGGUCUAGUAUGAUUCAAUCUUAGUCCUGUAUUGACACUUUGCUUGUUUGAAGGUUCAUCGGAGGGCAUAGCGGGAUUUCUUAUAAACUUCCGGGUUAGAGUCCUGCUGCUCUAGCCUUAAGCUAAUUUCAGAUUUUGCCUGUAAUCCAUGGCUUCUGGUUGGGGUAUGUACAUACGGUCACUGUGUGGAUGACGUCAUUGAUGCACUUAUUGAUGAAGCCAAUGACUGAUGUGGUGUACUCCUCAAUGCCAUCGAAAGUAUCCCUGAACAUAUUCCAGUCUGUGCUAGCAAAACAGUCCUGUAGCUUAGCAUUUGCUCACAUUUCUGUGUGUGGAGUAAAUGUGGUCUAGAGUUUUUUCCCUCUUGAUGCACAUUUAAGGUGUUGAUAGAAAGUUGGUAAAACAGAUUUAAAUUUCCCUGAAUUAAAGUCCCCAGCCAUUAGGAGAGCCGCCUCUGGAUGAGAGUUUUCCUGUUUGCUUAUGGCGGAAUACAUCUCAUUGAGUGUGGUCUUAGUGCCAGCAUCAGUCUGUGGUGGUAUGUAGACCGCUACGAAAAAUACAGAUAAAAACACUCUAGGUAAAUAAUGUAGUCUACAGAGUAUCUCAUGAUCAUCUCAUGAUAAUUUAUCUCAGGCGAGCAAAACCUAUGAGACUUCCUCAAAUAUUGUGCACCAGCUGUUGUUUACAAAUAUACAUAGUCCGACCCCCCCUUGUCUUACCAGAUGAUGAUGUUGUUUUAUCCUGCUGAUACAGCGUAUAACCUAACCAGCCAGUGUUGAUAAUGUCGUCGUGAAGCAUAAGAUGUUACAGUUUUUAAUGUCCCGUUGGUAGUUUAAUCUUCCUCAUAGGUCGUCGAUUUUAUUUUCCAAUGAUUGCAUGUUAGCUAGUAGAAUGGAAGGCAGUGGGGGUUUAUUCGAUUGCCUACGAAUUCUCAGAAGGCAUCCCGAUCUCUGUCCUCUUUUUCUGCAUCUUUUCUUCAUGCAAAACGAUGGGGAUUUGGACCUGUUCCCGGGAAAGCAGUAUGUCCUUCACGUCGGGCUCGUUGGACUCGUUAAUGGAAAAACAAUCUUCUGCCAGUUCGUGGUGAGUUAUCACUGUUCUGAUGUCCAGAAGUUAUUUGCGGUCAUAAGAGAUGGUAGCAGCAACAUGUACAGAAUAAGUACAAGAAUAAGUUACAAAUAAUGCAAAAAACGAACAAAAACACAUUUUGUUAGGAGCACGUAAAACGUCAGCCAUCUUCUCCGGCACAUUCUCCGUCCGUUAGUACGUUUGUCACAUGAGAUAUCUUAGACAGCACUAGCCUGAUUUUGACUCAACUUGGGUGAAUGAUGUGUCUUGCCAUAGAGAUCCGGCAUUUACAAAAUUACACGGAUUGGCCAGAUGGUGGCGCUAUAACAAGCGAUUGAAAACUCUAACUUAUAAAUGUCAUGCCCCUCACCCCAUUUUAACUAAAGUCAUGAAAUGUGGUACAUUGGUCCUUCUCCUCACAAGGAACACAUUUGCUUCAAAGAUCCAUAAGGUCCGCCAUGAUGGAUUUUUUUGCCAUUUUGAAUUUUGUGUAAAACACUUAAAAUGCUACUCCUCUGGCACUAAAUGACUGAUCUGCACAAACCUUGAUAUGUGGCUUAGAUGGACAAAGGUCUCUCAAUGCAAUAUUUUCCAGACUACUACCUAAAACAACAUGAUCAUUAAGCAAUAAACAUUCACCAGGGCAUGGUCAUUGUCACAAUUUGGUACAUAUGUUGCAAACACUGUCAAGACUCAACAUAUGCGAGAACAUUCCAUCAACCACACGGUGGCGCUAUAACGGGCACAUGUUUUGUUACUUACAGUAUAGUCUACUUUGAAUUGUUGUCACUAAUUGGUCCAAAGGGGAGGGUGGGAGACAAUGUUUACUGUUUUUGCUUACAGUUUCCUUGUUAUUUUUAACUCUGCAUUGUUGGGAAAAGCUCGUAAUCACGCAUUUCACUGCAAAGUCUACACACGCUGUAUUCGGUAGCAUCUGACAAUUCAAAUGUGAUUUUGAUUCAAUUUUUCUCUGUCUCUUCUCUCUCUUUACAUGAUGUGUACACAUGCGCACACAGGGAGAGUGAACUUGCGGUAGUCCAGGCAGCUCACCUAGGGCUGUUUGAUGCAGGUCUGCCUAUUUAAAAACCUACCCUCGGGCUAGUAGGCAAUGGCACCUGCUCAGUUCCAGGUGAAUUUCAGUUAUCAAAACACAGUACUCCCUACCCCACUAAAAACCAUGCACACCACUAAUUCAUUCCAUGCUGACAGAAAUAUAGUAACAGUACAAGACUAUAAUUUAUGCAAAGAAAAUAAUUCAAGCUAUAAAGGAGUUAUCCCUCUUAGAUUCACAUGGUACACAUGUUCACAUUGGCAGUUUGAAGUGACUCAAAUCCAUUUUUUUUGCAAAUCCGAUUAGAAUCUGUUAUUUUUCCUGAAGUCUAUACUGCCCUGAAGUCUAUACAGCCCACCACCUUCAAAAGUGCUUUGAAGUCAGAUACAAAUCUGAUUCCAGGCCAGGUGAUUUGUGUCUGAAUGGUAAAAUCUGAUUUAUUUGCCCUCAGGUGGUUUAUUAACUUUUAUUUGGCAUAUACUGUUGCUUGCAAGCUACUCUGUUGAUAAUUUUACAAGACCAUAUGGUAGCUAAUUAUCUUGUUAAUUGCUUACAAACAAAUUAGUGAAUGUUCUAGGAAGCUAAACAGCUACCUAGCUAGCUAGUUGACUGACUUGGCUGGCCAAAAAUGACUCAUCUUAUCCUUUGGUGCUUUAAAAGUGUUCUUUGAGCAUUCACAGCAACUGGGAAACGUCUAUGGCAGGAAGUGUUGUCAUCUUAGCUUGCUACAUAACUUCUGAGUGAUGGGAAGCACGAGCACCACCACCAAUUAGCCAAUACCACUGUGCACACUCCUGUCAUUACUAUGACGAGCAUAGCCAUGUCAGCAAAUUACCAAUCCCAUUUGGUCACUUGUAACGUGAUAUUUGGACAGUAAGUAUUUCAAAACGGAUUUGAUAAACAAAACUGAUUUGAGCAUUAAGGUCUGCAGUGUGAACAAUUCUUUAGAGAGGCGAGUGGUGUGGAUUUCAGGAGUUCUCAAAAUCCUUCAUUUUCUAAUUGGACCAAUUUUACACUUUGAUGAUAUGAUAUUUACAUAUCAACCAGUGAACAAACAGUGGCUCCAGGUUUUCCAGCAGCAGGUUUGGAGGUGUACACAGUGAGAAGUGGAUGUGCUGCCUUUUGUUUACAGUUUACAAGACUCUUUUCCUGGUACACUGGCAUCACAGGAACCUGUUGACAGAGCCAAUUGGACAAAGGUGCAAUGCAAACAGGCCAGGGGAAAAUACCAGGUUGUUCCACAGUUUGAAAAGGGUUAAUGUGGCUGAGAUGGCAGAUAAAGCUUAUUGUGAACAACACCAGCCUCAGGUUAUACAGCCCCCUUCACCCACCCACCCCUCUCAAUAAAGAGCAGCAGAUGUAGACAAUUACUUCCCCCUGUGACGCAGAGUGAGCUCAGGUCACGGAGUGUGUACAGUAUGUGUGUGUGCGUGCAUGUGUUUGUGAGGGGGCUGUGACUACCCUAUGAAAAAAGGGCAGCCACAAGAGGACUUAAAUAGAGCAACAGGAGGAUGAGAUGACCACUUGUAUCCGAUGUGGAUCUGCAGGAUGUAUCUGAAGAGAACUGUUCUGUAGCUAUUGUCCCAGGGAACGUGGAGAGCUAUGCCACUAUUCAACCCCUUGGUGUGGGUGCGGGAGUGGCUGCGACAGAGCAGAGGCUCCUCCAGACUGGUGCUGGUGGUCGUGUGUGUUGCCCUGCUACUGGAUAACAUGCUGCUUACUGUUGUCGUGCCCAUCAUCCCAACGUUUUUAUAUGCCCUUGACCACCCGACACAAGACCCCUUCAUCCAGCCAAGCACACAGAGGCCAUCUGAGGAGGGCUUCACAUUGGCCUCAGUCCACUCCUUCUACGACAACACUUCCCACAGCCUCAGAGGCUCUGAGAGCAACCUGUCUGAGGCCCUCCUCUUCAACAUCUCCAGAAACUCCAGCCAGGUGAAAGGCAGCACAUGCCAGGAGGACAGUGCCUUCUUGGACAAGGAGAAUGUUCGUGUGGGACUCCUCUUUGCCUCCAAGGCUCUGGUACAGCUUCUUGUCAACCCCUUCGUGGGUCCCCUGACCAACAGGGUUGGAUAUCACAUACCAAUGUUUGCUGGCUUCAUCAUCAUGUUUGUUUCAACAAUAAUGUUUGCCUUUUCAGGUACAUACGCCUUGUUGUUUUUUGCUCGCUCUCUUCAGGGAAUUGGUUCCUCUUUCUCCUCUGUGGCAGGGCUGGGAAUGUUGGCCAGUGUGUACACAAAUGAUGAGGAGAGAGGCAUAGCCAUGGGGAUCGCUCUGGGUGGAUUGGCCAUGGGAGUCCUCAUUGGAGCGCCAUUUGGCAGUGUGAUGUAUGAAUUUGUGGGGAAGACUGCUCCUUUCUUAAUUUUGGCUUUCCUUGCAGUAUUUGAUGGAGCGUUACAACUUCUUAUACUUCAGCCAUCAAAGAUUUCACCAGGAAGUGUGGAGGGCACUCCUUUGCUGACCCUACUGAAGGACCCCUACAUUCUCAUAAGCGCAGGCUCUCUGUGCUUCGCCAACAUGGGAGUUGCCAUUCUGGAGCCCACACUUCCCAUCUGGAUGAUGCAGACCAUGUGCUCUCCCAAAUGGCAGCUUGGUAUGGCUUUUCUACCAGCAAGCAUUUCUUACCUUAUUGGCACCAAUUUAUUUGGUUUGUUGGCUAACAAAAUGGGAAGGUGGCUGUGCUCCAUGAUUGGGAUGUUUAUUGUUGGCAUCAGCCUCCUUUGCGUUCCUUUUGCAAAGAACAUCUAUGGUCUUAUUGGUCCAAAUGCAGGCCUGGGGUUUGCUAUUGGAAUGGUGGACUCCUCUAUGAUGGCCAUAAUGGGAUACCUGGUGGAUAUUCGCCAUGCCUCGGUCUAUGGCAGUGUUUACGCCAUAGCUGAUGUCGCAUUGUGCAUGGGUUUUGCCAUUGGUCCUUCGAUAGGGGGCUCCUUGGUCAGGGCCAUUGGAUUUCCUUACCUCAUGGUAUUCAUUGGCAUCAUCAACAUCUUCUAUGCUCCACUGUGCUUCUUCCUGCGUAAUCCUGCCAUCAGGGAGGAGAAGAUGGCCAUCAUAGACCAGGAAUGCCCUCUGCACAGGAAGAGCUACAACACACAGAAGGAGUGUCGAGAGUUCCCUUUGAGUGACGAGAGCGAGGAGGAAACGGAGGAGUAAUAUGCUCCUUGUCAACCCAACACACACAUUUUUUUUUACAGUGAAAGAGCAGAGGCAUUGUUCAUAAUGCCUUUGAAUUGACAUGAUGUCUAGAAAAAGGCAUUUUGUUAGCACUUAUCUGUAUUCAAAGUUUCCUAAUGACCUCUGUACAUAGUUUAUUGCUGGAAAUAACAAACAAUGGCACCUGUGUUUUUAAUAUGGUAUGUAUAGGGACAGUAGUGUUUGCAUUUUAUUGUGUGUGUGUGUGUGUUUGUGUGUGUGUGUGUGUGUGUGUAAUAAUUUUGCUUAAUGUACUAAGAGGUGAAAGGAACACUUGUACAGGCUCAACAAACAUUAAAACCUACUAUAAACUUGAAAAUGACAUCUUUACAUACAUUUGGCAUUUGAUUGUAGCUACGUUUAUGUUCAUUUGUUGAGCCUACCAUAUGAAUCAGUAGCUUUCAAUGUUUGAAAUAUGAACGUCAAGAUAUGUUCAGUGUAUCCAGAUAACAAAUUAGUUUAGAUCUAGAAUAAUGCUUAUUCCUAGGCCUAUUCCUAAUGGCUGAAUAUAACCUAUCCACGAUCAUGAAAGCGGAUUAUUUCAUUCACAUCGCUCGACAAGAGAACAAUGCUUGUUCAGAGCUCAUAAAAGCUCAGAGCUUUUAGUUAAAAUGCUGUAACAUGUAAUAUCCUCUCUUCUAGUGUGUCUCCCUGCAUCAGCCAAUCGGCUGCUAUCUGGUAUAGUGCAAGAGCUAUCUCGCCUCACCUUUAAUUUCCUCUUUGGCUGUAGCAAGGCUCUGUCUCUGUCCCAAACGGCACCCUAUUCACUAUGUAGUGCACUACUUUGACCAGGACCCAUAGGGCUCUUGUCUAAAGUAGUACACUAUAUAGGCAAUAGCCUAGGGUGCCAUUGGGACACAACCUCUGUGUUGGGUUGGUUUACUUCUAACCAAGAAGUGGAAAUUAUGAACACAAAGAGGCAAAGAUGAGAUAAAGAGAGCAAGACUGGCAUCAUUGUGGCUCAAAUGCCUCAAAUAUUCUUGGCCCACAUAAAUAACAUAUUGCCACUACAAGCGCUCCUUGUGAUGCGAAGCAAAUUGUCAAAGCCAAAGUAUAUAUUUGAUUGCACGUUAUAAAUGCUAAAUGAAGUCUUAUUAAAUGUAUCUGGAAAACAAAAUAAAAAGUAAACUACAAUGGGUCAAGUGGAACAUUCCAGCUUUAUACUGAAGUUUGAAUAAAGGAAAGUUUCACCAGAAGACUCAAGUGAGAGGCUAUUUCAAAAUGAUGGAAGUUUUAUUUGAGACACCACAUUUAUUUAUUUUUUUACAUUUUACCUUUAUUUAACUAGGCAAGUCAGUUAAGAACAAAUUCAUAUUUUCAAUGACCCAGGAACAGUGUGUUUACUGCCUUGUUCAGGGGCAGAGCGACAGUUUUAUUUACUUUGUCAGUUCGAGGAUUCAAUCUUACAACCUUUCGGUUACCAGUCCAAUGCUCUAACCACAAGGCUACCUGCCUGUUUAUCUGAACAGUAUAUUAUUUUUCACAUUAUUUCCUCACUCAAUCAAUAUAUGCAUGUUUUCAUAUUGUGUUUUCCCAUCAAUGAUGGUCUUUUCCCCUCCUCUUUUCCCCUCCUCUGAGGCUGUAAGCUUGGCCA